AUGCAUGAUGAUACAUCUCCUGGCCUUGAUGGGUUUAAUCUUGCUUUUUAUAAAUGCUAUUGGGAUAUUAUGAGCGUGGAUGUUGUGCGGGUCUGCCGGGAGUUUUUUAACACUGGUAAUUUUUGUAGUAGUUUGACAAAUAUUGCAUCUUUGUUAAUUCCCAAGAUUAAAACCCAAAAACAAUGGGUUAUCUCAGACCUAUCUCUUUGUCAUGCUAGGAAUAGAGUGUCGGCUUUAAAUGUUGAUAUGAGCAAAACUUAUGACAGAGUUAUAUGGGAUUUUAUUAGAGCAAUGAUGUUGAGACUCGGCUUUAGUGCAGGAUGGGUUAAUCUAGUUAUGGCUUGUGUGACCUCGGUGAGAUAUACGAGUAUACGGAAUAAUUAUGAUAUGGAACCGAUUGCUCUUAGUAGAGGUUUAAGGCAAGGGGAUCCUUUAUCACCAAAUCUAUUUAUAAUUUUUACGGAAGGCCUAACUAGUCUUCUUGUAGCGAGUGACAGACAAGGAAGUAUUCAUGACAUUUCUGUUUAUAGAAAUGCUCUGUCCACUAGCCAUUUGUUCUUCGCGAAUAAUUGUUAUCCCAUUUUUUUUCAAGCUAAUUUGAAGGAGAUGGUUGAAGUUAAGGCGAUUCUUGAUAAAUAUGAGAAACUCUCAGGGCAUCGGGUUAAUUUUGGUAAAUCAAACCUUAUGUUUGGUGCGAAGGUGAUGAAUGUCAAGGUGGUGGUGGACCAAUGA